UGAGGUAUACAUGUUAGUACAUUUUUUUUCAUUUUUCUCUGAUUAAUCUGGUUUUCAUUAUAGGGGUCUCAGAUAGAACUCAGAAGAAUGGAGGGAAAAUUAUUUUUCCUCCUUUAAAAUCAUCAUAACAAAUGAAGAAACAGACUUGAGAAAGUAAAAUAACUCAAGCUCACUCAGCCAAUAAGCAAUGGGAAUGCCAAAUUUAGGUUUAAAGCUGUUUUGCCAGAAUAUAAUGGGAGAAGGAGCCAUCAUCACUUGGAGAUGAAGCUUCCUAUGAAGGAGAAAACACUGAUGCCUGUGCAAAUCCAAGUGGAGGAGAAAGAAGAUGAUACUGAGGAAAGUUCAAGCGAAGAGGAAGAGGAGGAAAACAAACUACCUCGAAGAGAGAGCAUGAGACCAAAGAGGAAACGGACCAGAGAUGUUAUCAAUGAAGAUGAUCCAGAACCUGAACCAGAGGAUGAAGAAGCAAGGAAGGCCAGAGAGAAAGAGAGAAGGAGGAGGUUAAAGAGAGGAGCGGAAGAAGAAGAAGAAAUAGAUGAAGAGGAAUUGGAAAGAUUGAAGGCAGAGUUAGAUGAGAAAAGACAAAUGAUUGCUACUGUCAAAUGCAAGCCUUGGAAAAUGGAGAAGAAAAUUGAAGUUCUCAAGGAAGCAAAAAAAUUCGUGAGCGAAAAUGAAGGGGCUCUUGGGAAAGGAAAAGGGAAACGGUGGUUUGCAUUUAAGAUGAUGAUGGCCAAGAAAUGGGCAAAAUUUCUCCGAGAUUUUGAGAACUUCAAAGCUGCUUGUGUCCCAUGGGAAAAUAAAAUCAAGGCAAUUGAAAGUCAGUUUGGCUCAUCAGUGGCUUCAUACUUCCUCUUCUUGAGAUGGAUGUAUGGAGUAAAUAUGGUUCUCUUUAUCCUGACAUUCAGCCUUAUCAUGUUGCCAGAGUACCUCUGGGGUCUGCCGUAUGGCAGUUUACCUAGGAAAACGGUUCCCAGGGCUGAGGAGGCGUCAGCAGCCAACUUUGGGGUCCUGUAUGAUUUCAAUGGCUUGGCUCAAUAUUCCGUCCUCUUUUAUGGCUAUUACGACAACAAACGAACAAUUGGAUGGAUGAAUUUCAGACUGCCACUCUCCUAUUUUCUGGUGGGGAUCAUGUGCAUUGGAUACAGUUUUCUGGUUGUCCUUAAAGCGAUGACCAAAAAUAUUGGUGAUGACGGAGGUGGUGAUGAUAACACUUUCAACUUUAGCUGGAAGGUGUUCACUAGCUGGGACUACCUUAUUGGCAACCCUGAAACAGCAGACAACAAAUUCAAUUCUAUCACAAUGAACUUUAAGGAAGCUAUAAUAGAAGAAAGAGCAGCCCAAGUAGAAGAAAACAUCCACUUGAUCAGAUUCCUGAGGUUUCUUGCUAACUUCUUCGUGUUUCUAACACUUGGCGGGAGUGGAUACCUCAUCUUUUGGGCUGUGAAGCGAUCCCAGGAAUUUGCGCAGCAAGAUCCUGACACCCUUGGGUGGUGGGAAAAAAAUGAAAUGAACAUGGUCAUGUCCCUCCUGGGGAUGUUCUGUCCUACACUAUUUGACUUAUUUGCUGAAUUGGAAGACUACCAUCCCCUCAUUGCUCUGAAAUGGCUACUGGGACGCAUUUUUGCUCUUCUUUUAGGCAACCUGUAUGUAUUUAUUCUUGCCCUGAUGGAUGAGAUUAACAACAAGAUUGAAGAGGAGAAGCUAGUAAAGGCCAAUAUUACCCUAUGGGAAGCCAACAUGAUCAAGGCCUACAAUGCAUCCCUUGCUGGAAAUACGACAGGGCCACCCUUUUUUGUGCACCCUGCAGAUGUACCUCGAGGACCCUGCUGGGAAACAAUGGUGGGGCAGGAAUUUGUGCGACUGACUGUCUCUGAUGUUCUGACCACCUAUGUUACAAUUCUCAUUGGGGACUUUCUCCGAGCAUGCUUUGUGAGGUUUUGCAACUACUGCUGGUGCUGGGAUUUGGAAUACGGAUAUCCUUCAUACACUGAGUUUGACAUCAGCGGCAAUGUCCUUGCUCUGAUCUUCAAUCAAGGAAUGAUCUGGAUGGGCUCCUUCUUCGCUCCCAGCCUCCCAGGCAUCAAUAUCCUUCGGCUCCAUACAUCCAUGUAUUUCCAGUGCUGGGCUGUGAUGUGUUGCAAUGUUCCUGAGGCCAGGGUCUUCAAAGCUUCCAGAUCGAACAACUUCUACCUGGGAAUGCUCUUGCUCAUCCUCUUCCUGUCCACCAUGCCCGUCCUGUACAUGAUCGUGUCCCUCCCACCAUCUUUUGAUUGUGGCCCCUUCAGGUUCUUACCUUUGCGAUUCCUUUUGGGCAUAGUUUUCUUUCAGAGGUGGAAGUGGAUGCCAUGGCUAAUUAAGAUCUUGAGACAGCUUUCUAAUCCUGGACUGGUUAUUGCUGUUGUUUUGGUCAUGGCUUUGACCAUCUAUUAUCUCAAUGCCACUGCAAAGGGCCAGAAGGCAGCAAAUUUGGAUCUAAAGAAGAAGAUGAAACAGCAAGCUUUGGAGAACAAAAUGCGAAACAAGAAAAUGGCAGCUGCCCGAGCAGCUGCAGCUGCUGGUGGCCAGUAAUUUUCAUGGAUAUUCUGGAGGCCCAGAAGUGUUCCUCAUCAUGCAUUUCUAAGUCAGUGACUCUCGUGAAGGCCCAGAGGACAAAGCAUGAAGAGUUGAUGCUACCCUGUUCUAAACCUGAUGGAUUAUCAAGGUCUCGCUGAUCAAUCAAGGCAUCACUUGCCCUAACUAAAAAAAGCAAGAGUCUCUACCUUAUUCCAAAUUAAGGAUUUGUUCCCCCACCACCACUUUCUCUCCUGAACCACUCCCCUGACAUUUUCUUUAAUGAACUGAGCUUAAAAGUGUGUGUGAUCCUCCAGUAUGGAUCACUAGCUUACUUGCUGGGUUAAUUUAAAAAUCUUUUGCUCAUAUGGACUUUCAUUUUAUACAUUUAUUCUGCCUUAGUUUUCUUAGUCUGGAAAUGGGGAUAUUUCACCCUCUUUUUUUCUUCUAAAUUCAGAAAUAUCUUGAUAAAGUAUUCAUUGUAAUCAUUCAUUAACUCACUUUUUUGAAAUUAUCUUGUUUUCCCUUUUCAUUCUGUCUCCCCAUCCGUGGUUCAUCCAGAAAUGCAUAUCCCAAACCUUUUUGUUUAUGUUGGAUUCAGUAUGAGAAGAAAUGGGCUUUUUAGAAGAAAAAUCUCAAGUGAAUUAGGGGCCUGAUCAACACUGGGUUGAAGGUCUUGACACCUUGAGGGGUAUAUUAGUCUUACUUUACUUUAAAUCUAACUUUGUGAGUUAAAAGAAAAAUGACAACAUUAAGUGAGUACUGUUCCUCAGUACUAUUCCUCAGAGUACAGUCUGAUCACUACCUCCAAUGACCAUAUCUCCUGAGUUUGGAGUCUAAAAUUCUAUACUUUUUCUUUGCUUUUUUGUUAAGGUUAGGAAAACACAUACUAUUAUAGGGGGGUGAUUUAUACCUAUGUUUAAGCAUUUUUAUUUUGUUAGAAUUUAAAUUGACUUUGACUAGUAACAAUCAAUGCACUCAACCAACUUUGUUUCAUGACUUCAAUUAUAUCUCUUAAGUCAGUGUCUCCACCAUUACCCCUAGCCCAUCCCCAGCUAAGCCAAUUUGCCUGCCAUUCCCUAUAGUUGAUUUACUAAUUUUGUAUUACUCUCUCUUUGAGUUUUUCCUCCUGGCCAUAGAGUGAGCACUCUGUUCUUCUGCCAAUCCUUGUGCUAGUCACUUCCAUCAAACCAAAUUCAAGAUUACUUCCUCUGGUCAAAUUUGCCUGACUAGCCUCCAUUACCAAUCAUAUAACUCCCUUUAUAGGCUCCCUUUGGACUCGCCUAUCUUUAAUGCAGAGUUUGUUAUUCUACUGAUUUUUCUGUAAUUUGUAAUUUAAAA